UUACAGAAAUGCAAAGAUAUGCCAGGUGUCCAAAGGUCCCAUUCCUUGAGGACUGACUACAGCCCUGUCACUCUCAGACCAAAAGUUUCUUUUAAUAAAGCUGUGCACAUUAAACGAAUAAGUAGAAAGGAAAGACUGCCGCAAGUUCCAGAAGACGAAGACAGUCCUGUUUACUCUGAGAAAAUUCCCAUGGCUGCGAAUGGUGUCAAAGGCUCUUCGAAAUUCUCUACUCUCCCCUCAAGAAGUGCCAGAAAUGGUGUAAAAAAAACUUCUCCUGGCUCUGAGGCUCCACCAGCAUCUGAACGUUUGUCUAGGAUGAUUCGUCAUGAUGUUAAACCAGAGGAACCACCUAAAGUGGAACGUCCAAAAAAGAAAACACUUGGAGAGCGAAUGAAAGGUAUAUUUGGGAAGAAGAAAUCAGAAGAAGAUGAACUUAAAGCUAGAUAUACUGAAUUCAAGGGACGAAACAGUUCAUCUGAUGCUACAGACAAUGAGGCUGAAAACUACUCAGGAAAAAGAAGGGGUAGCGCUCCAGAGACAAGAACUUCUUGGUUUAGAUCCCUUGAACGAUUGAAAAAGAAUGAGCUACCGCCUACAACUAGAGAUAUUCAUAGAAAAGAAAGAUACUUUGGUGAGUCUGACAGAGAGACUGCAAGUCGUAGGAGACAUAAUGAAUCUAGUGCUGAAAGUGCAACUGAAGUCGAUGGAAUGGGACCUAGGACACCUUCUUUAGUCUAUCUUCAUACAGCAGCUGUUGGUGAUAUCCCUCAUCGAAGAUCUGAGACUCCUACAAAAAGGUUAUCAAGGUCAGUAUCAGUGCUUGCUCCAUGGGCUCCAAGAAUGAGGCCUCCUAGAGCAACAAGAUCCAGAGCAACUCAAACAGACUUUUCGCAAACCCAUGAAGAGAAGCGGCCAUCAUCCAAGACCAGGGUUAUAGAAGUAGAAAGAGAGCCCUCUACAGUUAGACAGACUUCAAGAAGCUUGCCAAAGCUUGUUUUUACUGGGCCAAGUAUUGAUGAAACAGCUGGUAGAUCUGCUACCUCAACGAUCCAGAGGUCUACUGUACAUUUACGGAGCAGAAAGUAGAUCAGCGCAGUCUCUUCUAACUGCUUCAUAGAUAAAAUAAUAGAACAUUACUCAUAUGAAAAUAAUGGAAAGCUAUAAAUUCAUUGAGAGUGACAAACUUGGAGGCUAUCUUUAAUGAAAAUUUCAUAUCCUCCUACUUUUUUUAAUUUACUAACUGACUUCAAAUUAUAUAUUUUUACAUUGUGAAAUAUAUUUAUAAAAAAUAAAAACUUAAUUAGCAGGAAAGAUUUUUCUAACAUGAGAAUGGACUAAUUAAAUAACUAAAAAUAUGUAUAUAUGUAUUUAAUAACUUAUUGUUGAAUAUAAUGUGAUUUUUUAAUAAAUUAUAAUUUUG